AUGUCCCUCUGGGUGUGUGUGAUCCUCUGUGUGUCACACACCACCUCGCUGCCCAUCACUUGUCAGCUCAACGGGAACCUGGUAAAAAGAAGCCACGAGCUCCUGAGGAGCAUGGGAGGACCUUUCCCACGGAAAUGCAUCAAAGACAACGUCAUGGUCCCAUUCCCUGCGGUCGCUUUCCGCUCUGAUGGCACCGAUGCGGUAAGAACGUCCCAGAAGGUCUUGACGAUGCUCAUCAAUGAAACGUUCAGCAGCAUCACUUCUCUCUUCGGGGACAGAGAUCUGCCCGCCGAGUGGGAGCCCAAGGCGCUCGAGGACUUUCAGAGUGAGGUUUAUCGGCUCUCAGACGACUUAGGCCACUGUGCGGAGAGACUCCAGGGCCUGAGAGAUGAGGCCAAGAGCCAUUUCCUCGAGAGAGCAAAGCUGGUGGAAACCUACUUUGAUAAGCUGGACACUACUUUACAAGAGAAGAAUUACAGCUUUUGCGCGUGGGAAAUUGUCCGAAAAGAACUAGAGCGGACUCUGCGCUUCAUCGUGGAACACAGCGCUGACUUUCUGUGGCCAUGA